UGGUGGCAUAGCGAAUAUGGUGACAGUUCCAGUAGUAGACAUAUCAGCGUACGGCCUUGACGUGGUCAAUGCAAAAGAGGUGGACACAGAAACUGUCCGACCUGUGGCUGACAGUCUAUGCGGAGCUUUGAGGGACAUUGGAUUCUGUUACAUCAAAAAUCAUGGAAUUAGCCAGUCUCUGAUCAAUCAAGUGACUGCAGUGUCGAGGACGUUCUUUGAAAAGCCACUUGAGUACAAGAAUACAUAUCGACGACAACAUAUUAGUGAAAUUCAUGGAUGGAUUCCUCGGGAGACAGAAACAUUAAAUCCAGACCGACCCUGUGAUUAUAAAGAGGCUUACAACUACACACCAAUUGAUGGAGUUGAGUGUCCAAGCUUUGAGGUUACCAUGAAGAAUGUCCGUGCAGCAUGUCAUCAGCUGUCUCAUAGAAUUCUUGACCUGAUGUCAAUAGGCCUAGACUUAGAGGACAAACAUUUCCUGAGAAACUGCCACCAAACCAUUGGACAGAAGAGCAAUACCUCAACACUGAGAACGAUUUUUUACCCAUCACUACUGUCUGAUGAAGAGAUCAAACCGAACCAGAUUCGUUGUGGAGAACAUUCGGACUUUGGCUCCCUCACACUACUGUUUCAGGACGACGUUGGUGGUCUGCAAGUUUGUAACCUACAAGGAGAGUAUGUUCCAGCCUCCCCGAUUCCAGGUACCAUAUUGAUUAACAUUGGAGACCUGAUGCAAAGAUGGACUUCCGACAAACUCAUUGCAACUAAACACAGAGUGGUGAUUCCGGAUGAAGAAAUUAGGAAGACAAAGAGUCGUCAGUCUGUCGCGUUCUUUGUUGUGCCAGACAACGAUGUGGUGAUCAGCUGUCUAGAUAAGUCUGAUAAAUACGAGCCCAUCUCCAGUGUGAGGUAUAUACAGGAGAGACUAUCACCAACGUACUGACAGUACAAUGUUACAAUCAGACCAGUGUUACGGGGUCAUUCUCAAAACAUACAAGCGUAUUAUGUCUACACUACUAACAAUACAAAAUGUAUGUACAGCUUCUAAAAAGAAGAGACUUGUAAUGUAUCCAAGAUAGUAUCGUAUUGUUAUAUUACUUCAUAUAAUCCCCGAGCAAUGACUUGUAAUUAUUGGUAUUACAUAGUGUGAUAGUUUUGAAAGUAAAUGAAAUUAUAAUUUUUCAUACAUGUUCACGUAUAGGUCACAUUACCCAAUAUGCUGUUUUUUUUCUGGUGAAUGAGGGAUUGAUUCACAAACAGCAAAUCACAGCACGUAUUUGUGUUGCAAUGAAUCCGAAUUUGAAAAAGGAAAAAAAAAGAAUUUUAUGUUUAUAUACAACAUAAAGUAACGUGAAAUAAAUUAUUGCACGGUUAUACAAAUUUAAUAUUCAUAUAUAUAAUAGACACAUUUGUAUCAUGUAAUAGCCACAGUAGUACAUCAGACGGUGAUCAAAGUAACGAAGUACUGAAAGAGGCGUUAGUCAGAUAUUUGAACAUGGAAAAUAAUGAAAUGUAAAAGGUGAAAUUUGAAAUGAAGCAAUUAUAAAUGCCAACACUAUUAUUGAUAUACAUUCAAGAGAAAGUGCUUAUUUUUAAACUUAAAACUAUUAACCAUCAAAGUUACCCGCUUAUUAAUCACUGGAAAUUUCGAAAGGUUUUGAUGAAAACUGUAGUUGUUCUGACAAGAUUCAGUCUUUCAUCAUAACUAAAAGGGGCAUAACUGCAACAAAAAUAGUCGGAUCCAAAAAAUAAG